AUGGAACACACCAGAUCCUUCAACGACUCCAAUAAUAGUCUCUCUUCACAACGAAGUCUCGCUUCAGUUCCUUCCCUCAACUCACACUCACACUUCUUCAACGCUUCCACCACCUCAUACACGUGCCUCGCCACUCUCAAACCCCACACCUCCUCCUACACCUCUUCCCUCACCCUCGCCGGCAAAUUUCUCUAUGCAGGCUCCUCCGACAGAGAAAUCAGGUCCUGGAACCACACCAUUUUCCUCUCCCCCCAAGACCAACAAAACACCAACAUCGUAACCGCGGGAAAAGGUGCUGUGAAAUCAAUAGUGGUCCACUCCGACAAGCUCUUCACCGCACACCAAGACCAUAAAAUCCGCGUCUGGAGAAUCACCACCCUCGAACACGACCACCAGAAGUACACACGUGUGGCCACACUCCCCACGCUCGGCGACCGCGUCACCAAAAUCUUCAUCCCUAAGAAUCACGUUCAGAUUCGCCGCCACAAGAAGUGCACCUGGGUUCACCACGUGGACACUGUCUCUUCCCUCGCCUUGUCCCACGAAGGAAAGCUCUUGUACUCAGUUUCUUGGGACCGCACGAUCAAGGUUUGGCGAACGAAAGACUUCGCGUGCUUGGAGUCCGUGAGCAAUGCGCACGACGACGCCAUAAACGCAGUGGCAGUUUCUUACGAUGGGCACGUGUACACCGGAUCCACCGACAAGAGAAUCAGGGUUUGGAGAAAAAGGGAAGGGGAGAAGAAACACUCGCUGGUGGACACGUUGGAGAAACACAACUCAGGGAUUAACGCUUUGGCUCUUAGCAGUGACGGGUGCGUGUUGUAUUCUGGUGCAUGUGAUAGGUCAAUACUGGUUUCGGAGAAGGGAGAGAAUGGUAACUUGGUGGUGGUUGGUGCUUUGAGAGGGCACACCAAGUCCAUUUUGUGCUUGGCUGUGGUUUCGGAUUUGGUGUGUAGUGGUUCAGAGGAUAAAACGGUUCGUAUUUGGAGAGGGAUUCAGAAGGAGUAUUCAUGUUUAGCCGUUUUGGAAGGCCAUAGGAGUCCCAUUAAGAGCCUAACUGCAACGGUUGAUCCUACUGAUCACCCUUCCCAACCCUCUUUUCUUGUCUACAGUGGCAGUUUGGACAGUGAUGUCAAGGCUUGGCAGGUUUUUGUUCCUCUUCUUUCAACCUAA